AUGCCCCCUCAGCUCAGGCCUAUCGAGCCUAAGAUACCACGAUGGGAGCCAGCGGCAAACCCCAGCGACAUUGUUGUCCCCGGACUUGACAAUACGGCCUCAGCAUCCGACCAGAUUGAGCAGAUUGAGCAGCUCAUAACGAUCAAGUUGCAGAACAUAGACGCAAAUUUCUCCAAGAUGCAACACAUUAUGGCAAAUAGGGUACUACCUGCUAUGAAGCGGUACGCGAUUGGCACACAACCAGUGCGAGAGGCGGCAAGGUUUUGGACCGCAUUCUACGAGCAAGCCGCUGAAAUUCGUAUUCCAACAUACGACGACUACAGCACAGGUCAAGAGCAAACGACAGAGGACCAUACCGUCGACGCUAGUCGAACGGAGUCUGUGACAUCUUAUUCCAAGCAUUCGGCGCGUUCAGGUCCAGAAGACGAGUCGGUGGCGGACAGUGCAGAUGAUAGCAGGAUGCUGAACGUGGACAGGACAUCAUCGGACGUCUCCUUUGCUCCUUCUCAAGCUGCCGUAUCCUCCACCCCAGCGGCAGCUUCCAAGUCGAGGUCAUCACGCCAUACACAAGAUGAAUCCAUGCCCUCAUGGCAAGCAUCCCUCGAUUCUCCGCUCAGGCAGCUGAACCGCGAUAUUCAAGGACUUGGCGACGGAUACUCCAUCACUUCGUCGGCUGUCGAUGAAAGCGCAUACGAUGGCUCCGAGGAUGUGACUCAACGUCAAAUUAAGGCCGACGACGGGCGUCAAGAGCCAGCUUCAUCCGGGCGUGAGCCUCAGCCAUUGCUCCGAGAUGUCCUCCGCAAGAACACGACUGGUCCCUCAGUCACAUCAAUGUCAGGUCUAUCCAGUGGCAUGACAUCGCCUCUAAGAUUCAAAGCCAAGACGCCGGUGGCCAUGUCGAAGAAUCCAUACCUUCCGCCCGACUCGACUCCAUCCGAUUGGACUGGUCUCGUCGACCUGAGGGACCCAACUACCACCAGCCCUCGAAAGGAUCCGCAGUCUUCCGUGAAGCAGGGUACCUUCAAGCCUGCAGUCAAGCCUCCCACUUCGUUCGGCUUCAUGCGUUCAAGACGGAAGACCCCUCCACCCGGAGACGACUCCGUCGAUGACAAUUUCGGUUUCUCUCCUCCGGUCAUGACUGACUACGCGCGGCUACCCACCCUGGGUCGCACACCAAAGAAGGAGGCUGCGGAGCGCAUCAUGCAAGGCCUCGUCGAAGUCGAACAACGUCGCGCGGCCCCUUCCGGUGGCUCUCGUCAUCCACCCGCUGGAAAAGGCUAUAGCGUCGAGAGCAGCAUGAGCACGAUACCCACACCUCCCUCGAUGACUGGAUAUAACCGCUCGGGAUACGCGGGUCCCAUGAACAUGAACGACGAAUCAAGCACGGAUGCAAGCCUGGACAGCGUCAUGCGUCGCGUGGGCCUCGAGAUGCCCGGCUACAACACUGCCCUCCCUCCGGCUCACGCACCAACGGGAGCACCUGCCCCGGCCGCAUCCUCGACGACGUCUCAGUCAUCGCUGGCGUCAUCGGACCCACCCGCCCGGCCUCCAGUGUUCAGCCUCUCCGCGCUCCACCCUCCUCCCCUCCCGCCCGUAGAGUCCUCUCCCGAACCAGUGCGGACGCCCGUCCGGCAGUACGACGACUACUACUACGAAGACGACGGUGCGGGCGGGCCCGCGGACGACUCGCUCGACUCGCUCGACGACUCCUUCGACGCCGAGGACCGCGACGCCGCCGCGCUCCUCUAUGCGCAGCAGCAGGCGUUCGCCGCGGCCGCCGCGGCGAACGAAGACGACAGCUUUUCCUCGGACUCGUCUAUGGCCGACGACGACGACGACGACAGAGACGCCCAAAGCGGUACCGCGGCGCCGCUGCAUGCGUACAUGGGCGGGGUGGUGGAAGACGGGUUCGAGGACUCGUUCGAGGACGACGACGAUGAGGAGGAAGACGGCGCGCGGUUCGCGGGGCAGGAGGAAGAGACGGUGUUCGGGGUGCCGCCGGCGCAGCGAUUGAGGGUGGAGCAGGAGAGGAGGAUCAGCCAGGGCGGGGGGUUGCGGAUGCUAGGCGAGGAGUUGCUGCGCUUUGAGACAGCCCAGGGUGGGGUGGACGAGAGCCCGACGCCGUGGAACCCUGGCGGGCGCGGUUGA